CGCUUUUCCUUCUUUCGAAGGACGGACUUCGUCUCCGGCCGAUCCUAAGAACCCUCGGUUCCAUUCCGAUCCCUGCUCUUCUUUGUUCUCAAGGAUUCGCUUUCUCUGUGGGGAAUCGGAUUCGGCCUUCGGCGAUGGAUCGCUCUCCUAUCGCCGCACCAUGAUCGCGUUUCUUCAGCGCUAGCCUCCCUGUUUGGGUUUGGAUUACUGCUGCCUGCCUGCCUCUCCGGCAGAAGACGAAUGCUGAGAUUGCAGAAAUCACCGUAUCGAAUCGCACAGUUUAUUUUGCCACCCAAAAAAGAGACCAAUUUAGGUUAAAUCCACUGACGGCGUUUGGGAUUUGAAGUUAUGGGUUGUGUGGGUUCUUGUUUGCGCGAGAAUAACGUGGAAGGACAAGAACAUCGAAAUAGAAGACGUAGAUUCGUUCAGCUCGUUGUUGACUUGUAUCAUUCAUUGUUCCCUAGCAGAGAACGAGUCGUGCCUUCAGCCGAGCAAGGGCUAAAUAUUGGAGAAAAUAAUGCUGCUGUUCUUCUGUCAAACGACAAUCCUAGAAGCUCCCAACCACAGGCUCAGCAAGGCAGCCUUGUGUUAGGGCAUGCCAAAGAUAAUACUGUCUCUCCUCUAUCGAGCAAUGAUCCCAGAGGCUCCCAUUCACUGAGACAGAAUGAAGAUCUUGUGUCAGGGCAUGCAGUAAUUCCAGAAGGUGUCCAGAAAUCUGUAUCAAUGAGAUACGAGAAGGGUACAAACAUUCAACCCGAUCGGAACUAUGAAAAUGGAUCCAUCUCAGGGAGUUCACAGCCGUUACCCUAUCUUUAUCUGUCGUCCGACGUUGAAGAUUCGUGUCCAAUUUGCCUCGAGGAUUACACUAUCGAAAAUCCAAGGAGUACUUUGCAGUGUGCCCAUCAGUUUCACCUUUGCUGUAUAUAUGAAUGGAUGGAGAGAAGCCAUGCCUGCCCAUUCUGCAGCAAGUUAAUGCUAUUUAAAGAAGACCCCUGAUCUUGUUUGUGGCUCUCUCUACUGGUCAGCCUUCCAAACUGCUAGUUCUACUGUGAAUGAAUGAUUGUUUUCAUCUUCUUAUCUCUGGCUGUAUAUUCCUUGUUCUCCCUGUUCUGAAACAUUUUAGCUGAUAUUUUUCAUGGAUCACUUGUCGAUCAAUUAUGAUUUAAGCAAAUAGGUGGUAUACUGUCUGAUUUUAUGUUUUGGUUCUGAAGAACAGUGUCUUAUCAAAUAUUUGAUAGGAA